CAGCAAAUUUGAGUACAGUCGACUGCGGGAUCAACAAGCUGCAGAUCAUGCUCACCAUUGUCGACAACCUCGUCUCGAUGGACAACCUGACCGUGGAUCACCUCCUCUCGCAGCCCGACAACAAGUACUAUCUAGAGCUGUGACAUCGGCCCUUUCCUUUUUUUGAUAAGAUAACAUAGGCCCCUUCAACAAGAUCUAAAAGGGUCAUAUCGUCUCCUGUGUUUUGCAGUUUCUCUCUUUCAGACAUUCGAUAUUGCUGGAGUUCUCUUCCGUUCAUUUUGUGCUGCCAUAGAUAGAAUUGUUUCGAUGUUCUCGGGUAGUUGUGAUUUGCUCUUCAUUAUCUGAGAUUGAUCUGCUUUGCUAUGAGGAUUUAUGUGCGAAAUUGACUUGAUGGAGUCAAUGGAUCAGGAGGGUCGAUUUAAAAGCCUGGAAGAUCUUCAAGAAGGAGAGGAGAAUCACCCUAGAACCGCACUCAUGGGUGUAGUCCCUGGGGUGGAGGUCGGGGACAGGUUCUAUUAUCGGUUCGAGCUGGCUGUCGUCGGUCUACAUCGACGUUUUCAGGCCGGAAUAGACAACAAGAACCUGAACGGAGAGAUUCUUGUUACAAGCAUCGUUGCCUCAAGUAAUACUGACAACAUGAACAACGCAGACGAAUUAACUUAUGUGGGCGAAGGAGGGAUCUCGAAUCGCAAGAAGUUCCAAGAGGACCGGAAACUUGGACGUGGGAAUCUAGCAAUGAAGAACAACAUAAGGGCUCAAAAUGCUAUCCGGGUGAUCCGGUUGAUGACAGCUUCAGUCACUAACACAGAACUAAUCACCGCCACUCUUGAGGUCUCUGUGUAUGAUGGCUUGUACGUGGCUCAGAGAUGCCAUCAGGAACGAGGGGACCACGGUCGGUUGAUAUUCGAGUUCAAGCUGAAGCGGAACCCGGGUUAGCCCACGAUAGCUCGUUUCAGGGGAUGAACGAGUACAGUGGUCGUAGUCGAAUUGCUCAUAAUCCACACGUCUGUGCCUUUCUUUGCUUGCUCAAUCUCUUUUACUAGAUAGACUUUUGUUACUUCCGUCGAUGAUCCCAACUAUGGAAAGUUGUGGGUAAGGUUUUGAUUCCCGAUCAACUCGUCACAUGUCGGAAUGGCAGCUAGAGGCUUGCCUAAGUUUGAGCUCUUGUCGAUGAAUCAACUGUUAUUCGGUUUUAUGUAUUAGAAACCUUUCGCAAUGCGACGU